AUGUCUCCGGGAGGAUUAGUGAGAGAACAUGUUCUCAAAAUGAUCUCCUUGUUAGAGAAGUUAAAGGGUUUGGGGGAUGAGUUGAAUCCUCACCUCCAAAUUGAUUUGAUCCUUCAGUCUUUGCUAGAUUCAUAUGGAAAUUUCAUAUCAAAUUUCUAUAUGAAUAAAAUAGAGUGUACUCCGGCUGAGUUAAUGAAUAUGCUCAUUACGGCACAGAGCAACAUGAAAUCGGGUACUGUGAUAGCUAUUACCUCUUCCAGUAAGACUAGGAAGGGGAAAGGUAAGAAAAAGGCCACACAAGUACAACAGGGGGCCAAAACAAUAAGUAAGAAGAAGAGCAAAUCUGUUGCUAAAGGAAAAUGUUUCCACUGUGGCAAGGACGGGCACUGGAAGAGGAACUACAAAGAUUACCUUAGUUCCUUGAAGAAGGAAGCGGAAGGCUAUGUGUUUACUUGCAAUGGUGGAGUAUGCAGUUGGAAAAGUUCCAAACAAUAUACUACCGCUGAUUCUACUAUAGAGGCCGAGUAUAUCGCGGCAUCCGAUGCUGCUAAGGAAGCCGUCUGGAUCAAGAAGUUCGUGACAGAACUUGGAGUGAUUCCCGCAAUAGAGUCUGUCGUGCCCUUGUUUUGCGACAACAAUGGGGCUAUAGUGCAAGCCAAGGAACCGAGGUCUCACCAAAAGUUCAAACACAUUGAGAGACGCUUCCACCUCAUUCGAGAGAUUGUUGGCAGAGGAGAUGUCAAUGUGUAG